CUUAAAUGUAAUCGGUUAUGAAAGUCAUUAGAGUGCUAAAUGGGAAAAGUGAGAGAAGUUGUUGUAAGCUCUAAAGUUAGCUUGUAGUUCAAAAAUGGCUCCACAUAUUGAUUGAAAAAAGUAUUAAAUUGAAGAGUUUUUUUCUUCAGAACUUUCACCGAAUGCAGGAAUGAUAGAAGAGAUUUUCUCAAGACACAAAACAACACCUGACAUACCGUGAAAAUAAUGUGCACCGCCUCACAAUAGACACCUGAAACUAAUAAUGAUCCACUAGAGGUUCCUGUGACAACUGAUUGGUCUGAGGCAAUAAUCUGGCAAGCUGAUUGGUUGUUGUAGCCACUAUAAAAAGACCAACUCAGCAACAGUAUCACAUGAUGUGUUGAAAGCUUCUCUUUUCAUGGUGUAGUUUUGUUACUGAGAGCAGUGGAAGACUUAUGGGUGCUGCAACAAUGUGGAUUUUAAGUUCUUUAGCAGUGCUUAUAGCCCUUAGUGCAAGUGAUGUCACAUCUGUUAUUGCAAGUAGCCCUGGAAGCAUGGGCAGCUAUACUGGGUAUAGUGCUGCAGUAAAAGGUGGCUAUGAUAUCGGAAGCUACAGUUCUCUGGCUGGCUCUUCAGGUGUUUCCAUCACAAGUGAAAAACCAAGCUCUGAUUCUUCCACUAGAAGCCAACUUCAAGGAUCUGGUGUUGUAGCUGGAAGUGGUAGUCUCGUUUAUGGUACAGUGGGAAAUAAAGCAAGUCUGGCCGUGUCUGAGUAUGAUAUGAACCAAUCAACUGAUGUCCAAGAAUCUGAAGUCAUCAGCUCUUCAGUCUUGAUGCCACUGCAGCAAAGCAGUUACUCUGUUCCUAAGCCUGUGCUGUUAACUUCCCAAGUGCAGACUGGCCCCCAGUCCAACAGUCAGCAACCAGCAAGUUCUGGAACCAUGGCCCAGUCUGUCUCUCUCCAGUUGUCCCAGACCAGCGGCCAUCAACUUCCACAACCUGGCUUCCAGUCUGCAGUUUAUGCCAAUAGACUGCCCCACAAGUCUGGUUCUAAUACUGUUUUUGGUACCAGGCCAGUUCAAAAUCCAGUAUUCAAUUCAAAGCCCCUUACUCCUAAAAAGGAGUCUGCACCAAUAUUACUAUAUGGCAGUAUGCCAAGCAGCCUAGCUAUGGCUAACUAUGAACUUGUCAGCCAGUCCAGUGGCCAGACUGCAAGUCAGCCAAGCGGCAUGCAGCCUCCCCAUGUUGACAUCUCUGUUCAGCCCAGCAGUCAGCUGAUUCAACAGGAAGUCGAUGCCACUGUAGAACAGGCCACCAGUCAACAGCUAGUUCAGACAAGCCAAUCCAUUUCCCAGUCAAAUGACCAGAAACCACUACACGGUAGUUAUGUCUUGACUGCUCAGCCCAGCAGCCUGACUCUUCUCAAGCCCCACAAAGGUAGACCUCAGUUUGGGUCCAAGCCUCCAUCCAGUACCAGUCCUGUCUAUAAACCAAGCUCAAGUCUUGUAGCUCAGUCCACUAGCCAAAUGCCAGUACAAACCACCUACCAGUCUGUGCCCCAACAUGGUCUACAACUGCCACUACAAGCCAUCUACCAAUCAGAGGCCCAGUCUGCUUCCCAAAAGCCAGGACAAACCAGCUACCUAACUGUGCCCCAAAUUGUUGUUCAACCAGCACAAAUCGGCUAUCAGUCUGCAAGCCAGGCCAGUGUGCCACUACCAGUGCAGCCCGGCUCACAGUGGGUGGCACAGCUCGGUCUUCAACAGCCAGCGCAUGUUGACUUCUCUGUAUCCCUACCUAUCAGCCAGCAAGCAGGACACUCCACCCAUGAGUAUGUUGUUGAGCAGAGUGGACAAUCGCAUUUCAAGCCGGUGCAUUCCCAUAGGGUUCACCAGAUUGGCUCCAGUCUUUAUUCAUGUCAAGAGUUACCUCAGCAUGGUUACCAGAGGAGAUUUCAGUCUCCAGCUGUAACUUCGCACACCAAGCCUGUUGUACAGUCCGGCAACCAGACCCCUACAAAGUCUAAGCAUCCCAAACCCCACACAUCUACACUCCAAUCCAUUUUAUCACCAGCUCAUCCUAGCCAUCAGUCUCUAUCUCUGCCUGUCUACUCUCAAGCUUUGCCAGUGGAACACAUGUACCAGCCUGUGGCACAAUCAGGCUCUGAGACUGUCUCUCUCGCUGAAUACCAGAUAUCCCCUGUUCCAGGACAGAUUGUUUCCCAGCCUCAAAUGCUGCCCAGUAGUCUGUCUCUCACUCAGUCCAGCCCUUCCUCAGGCAUGCCAUUGCAGUCCAGCUUCCAGCCUCUGGUACAAUCAAGUUUUGAGACUGUCCUACCAUCUGGAUUUCAGACCUCUUCUGUUGUUGUGCCAUCAAGUGUCCAGUCUACAAGUACCCAAGCCUUGAGUGGUCCGGUUGUUUCAAACCAUGGGUCUGUGUUUCAGUCAGUGCAACCUGAACUUGCAAUUCCACUACAGGUGAAUUAUCAGUCUGUCACAAGUCAAAAUGCCCCUGGACCUGCUCCAAACAGUAAGCAUCCAUCCCAGAAGCUUUUCAAGCUGUUGCAACAAGUGAAGUCCUAGGUACUUGUGUUUUUUAGUCACCAAAUUAUGUUUUGCUUAUGUCAAUAAAGUAUAUGAUUGAAGUA